ACAUAGAAAAGUGUUAUAAUCGCUCUGUCCUCGCUGUCUCUGUCUUUGACCGAAGCCAAAGAAGAGGAAGAAACCUUAGCAGCUUUCGGCGCUCUUCUUUUAUCUCUGAUUUUUUUUUUUUUUUUCUCUUUCCCUUCCAAUUUUUUCUCAUAUCAUAUUCAUCUCUGUGCCUCUAUGACAGACUAGUACUUGUUGUUUUUUGUACCCAUUAUUACUCACACACCCCCAAAUACAAAUUAUAUUCCAAUCCAUUAUUUUAUUGUUAUUGUUACUAUUAUUGGUAUUAUUACCUUAAACUAAACAAAAAUAAGUUGCUAUUGUUUUUAUUGUUGUUGUGAUUAUUAUUAUUAUUUUUUUAUAUAUAUACUGGAGUGAUGUAUCUUCCUAGUUUCUACUCUCUAUGCAAUGAACAAAGCAACUGAAGUUGCUUUUUAGCUUCAACAAUUUCUCAGUCCAACCAACCGCAUCAGUCAAAUCUAGCGGCAUAUCUCAGCCUUCACUCUCACAACACUUGCAAAAAAAAAAAAAAAAACCUUUUUUCUUCGUUUUAGUUUUUUUGUUAGGUGAAGUCAAGCCCGCUAAUGUGUGUACACAUUAGAGAAGGGCAUUGAAACAAAGUGUGAUUUCUGGUGGAGCUUGACUAGUCAUCUUCUAUGCUGUCUUUUGUAACAGAAAAUAUGGGCUUACUCUGUAGCAGAAAUCGCCGUUAUAAUGAUGCUGAUGCUGAAGAAAAUGCACAGACUGCAGAGAUUGAAAGAAGAAUAGAGUUAGAAACGAAGGCUGAAAAGCAUAUUCAGAAACUUCUACUACUUGGAGCUGGAGAGUCAGGGAAGUCCACAAUAUUUAAGCAGAUAAAACUUUUGUUUCAAACUGGCUUUGACGAGGCAGAACUAAAAAGCUACUUACCAGUCAUUCAUGCAAAUGUGUAUCAGACAAUAAAAUUACUGCAUGAUGGAUCAAAGGAAUUUGCCCAGAAUGAUGUUGAUUCUUCAAAGUAUGUUAUAUCCAAUGAAAAUAAGGAAAUCGGGGAAAAGUUAUUGGAAAUUGGAGGCAGGCUGGAUUACCCAUAUCUCAGCAAGGAGCUUGCACAGGAAAUUGAGAAUCUGUGGAAGGAUCCUGCAAUUCAGGAGACAUAUGCCCGAGGUAGUGAGCUUCAAAUUCCAGAUUGUACUGAUUAUUUCAUGGAAAAUUUGCAAAGGCUGUCUGAUGCAAAUUAUGUUCCAACAAAGGAGGAUGUUUUGUAUGCAAGAGUGCGUACCACUGGUGUUGUAGAGAUCCAGUUCAGUCCUGUUGGGGAAAAUAAGAAAAGUGGUGAAGUCUAUAGACUCUUUGAUGUUGGCGGCCAGAGAAAUGAGAGGAGAAAGUGGAUCCAUUUGUUUGAAGGAGUUUCAGCUGUAAUAUUCUGUGCUGCAAUUAGCGAGUAUGAUCAGACACUUUUUGAGGAUGAAAACAGAAACAGAAUGAUGGAGACCAAGGAACUUUUCGAGUGGAUCCUGAAGCAACCAUGUUUUGAGAAAACGUCCUUCAUGUUAUUCUUAAACAAGUUUGACAUAUUUGAGAAGAAGAUCCUGAAAGUCCCACUUAAUGUAUGUGAGUGGUUCAAAGAUUACCAACCGGUUUCAACAGGGAAACAAGAGAUUGAGCAUGCAUAUGAGUUUGUGAAGAAAAAAUUUGAGGAAUCAUAUUUCCAGAGCACUGCUCCUGAUCGCGUAGAUCGCGUCUUUAAGAUCUACCGGACCACUGCCCUUGAUCAGAAGGUUGUGAAGAAGACUUUCAAGCUUGUUGAUGAGACUUUGAGGCGGAGAAAUCUCUUGGAAGCUGGCUUGUUAUGAGCACUGAACCAUACUAUGUUAUAAAAUGGGAUAACAAUAUUUUUACAUUGAAGAGGUGACCAGAUUUUGGGUAUACUAGGCGAUUCAGGUAUACUAAAUAUUAAAAUCGAUUUGUUGAUUUUUAUUUCUAAGUUAAUCUUGUGGAGAGAAGAAAGGCCUUUCUUGGAGUUGAUAUCAUGAUCUGUGAUCAUAUUUUUAUAGAUUGAAAGUCACUAAUCAUAUGAUAUAUUUCAUACUAUUAGUGAUUAUAUUUUGCCUCUAGUGUUGUUGUGUUAAUGUGCAUACAUGCAUCAUGCAGAUUAGAUGCAUGCACGCGUGUAAAUAAUUUGGAAACGUGCCAUGUGUCAUGUGCUGGCUUUGUCGAGUUCUGAAUUCAGACCUUAUAUUAAAUUUGCUUUUAAUACUCGUUUCGAAUAUUGGUCGGCAUUGAUAUUAAUCAUAUUAUUCUUUUCUAUGGUGCUA